UUUUUGUAAGUUGUUUAGAGGUUGAUUCCCACCCGAAUAUACCGGAAAUUUCUACUUUUUUGCACCAAAGCUACGAGUUAUGGUUGGAAUGAUUAUCAGGGCAAAGCGCUUAUCACAUACAGUAGGAACAGGGCCUAAGAAUACAGUCAGCUUUUAAUUGCAUUAAAACUAAAUGCUUAUAGAUUUCUAAAAUGCUUGCAAAAAUCGAUGAUUAAAUUUCUUAAGAUUCAGUUAGAUAUUUUUGAUAAGCAUUUCAAACAUAAUUCGCUCCUUCUUUUAUCUCCUAAUUGUAUAAAGUUUGGAAAUUGAGAAAUGUAAAAUGAUAAUUUUGUCUUUUUAACAAUGAAGAAUUAGUAGCUAACUAGGCUUGGCUGUUGCAAUGAAUGAAAACAAAAAAAAAUUCGUGCGGCUUUUUUAAUUUUUAAUAAUUAGGACACAAUGUUUGUUGGCAUACUAUUCGCCAAAAAGUACGCAUAAAAUAAACACAGCUAAGUAUACAAUAUUUAAGUGAAAAGGUAACAUAGGCAUUUCAUGACUAGAUAAGCAUUUUAAGUAGGAUGUAAAAAAUACUGUAUUUCUUUAAUAUGAAGUAAGCUAUAACCGUAGAAUACAAAUAUAAUAAGCAUUUUUUUUCCUUCAAUAAUCACGGCUAUAUCUUCCACCUUUUUUUUACUGUAAUUUUUUCACUGGAUUUUGAUGGUCGAAUGAUUUCUAGGUGAAAAAAGCAUGAGAAGACGUUGUGAAAUUCUUGGUGGUGAGUGCAAGGUAAAAUGAGUGUAUACUGUGUUCCAAAAUGCUUCUAAUUUUAUCCGAAUAAGUAGUCUUUUUCUAACUUACCAAGAAGGCUGUGAUAAGAAAUCCUAAAGAAAAGAUUAAAGAACAAAAAUCUGAUGACCAGGACGCUAAAUUAGGUUCCUUAGUGUGUGGGGGCAAGGUUUGAAAUUAGAAUCUGAGUGUAUAAAUAAGGUAAAACAUUGCAUUAUUUAGUGUGAGAAAAGGGAAUUAAUUAAUUACAGAAACAGUACUGGCAAUGUGGAACCUCCCCCGACACCUUGUUUGAUCGUGUUUGUCAGUGGAAGAUUCAAAAAAAGUAAAAAAUAUUUUUUGAAAAACAAUAUAAUGCUGUUCAAAUACUUGCUUCUGAGAAGUGCUAAAAGAAUAGACUAAAAGUUUUAAGCAAGUUGAUAAUUUUGAACAAUUCAAAGCCUCGGCACGUAGAAAAUGAGUUUUAUAUAUAAAAAACGUGUGAUAGUUUAAAUUACUAUGGAGAAUAAGGCGUAACAAAAAUAAUGCAACAUUCAUUAGUCUUUGUAAACCGUUUUAAAUUUUUUUUUAAGAAUUUGCAGAAGUUAAAAGUUUGACAAAUUCUUUGUGAAAUGGUGAUGAUUAUAGCUGUGAUAGGUUUUGAUGGUUUAUAAAAAAUGUCAAAAAGAAUAUAUUAAUAAUAUAUAUAAUAAUAUUUUAAUAAAAUCUUUUUCUUUAGACAAGAACAAAAUAUACAUUUCCUGAAACACGACAAUAAGAAAGAAGAAAUUCUCAAUUAAAAACGAAUUACCACCAGCAUAUAAAUUGACACAACACGCACAGCACCCAAUUAAAUAUACAAAUAAAAGAGUUACAGGAGUUACAAAAUCAGAUACAAAUGUCUGCGUUCGUGAUAGAAGCAGUUGCAUUAAGCAUUGUUAUAGUUCUUUCCUUAUGUUUUAACGCGCUUGUAAUUAUCGCAUUCUGUAAAUAUUUUGACACAACAAAAAGCAAAGAUAUAUUCCUAGUAAGCUUAGCUGUAAGUGAUUUAUUACAAGCAAUUAUUGGUUAUCCACCUGAAGUAAAGAGUAUGUUGAUUGGCACACAAGGAGUCGACUUUAUAGUAUGUAAAGCAGUUGGAUUUUUCGUAACUUUUCUUGGUCUAGUAUCAAUCAAUCAUAUUGCGUAUCUGGCAUUGGAACGUCUUAUUGCAGUUGCUUUCCCUUACACUAUUUCUAAAAUGCAAACCAAGCAAUUUAUUGUCAUUUCAUUGUCAGUUAUAUGGUUACUUGGGUUGUCCUGGGCUGUGUUUCCACUUUUGGGUUGGUCGGAUUAUGUGGAGGAAUCUGACGGUAUACGCUGCUCCAUUGCAUGGCAAGAUUUGUCACCAUCUGGCAGAUCGUAUAUAUAUGCAUUGGUGGUGUUUGAGUACGUGAUCCCAGUAUCCAUUAUGGCAACAUCAUUUGCAGUUGUACGUAAAGUCGCGAAAGGCAUGAAUGAAAGGCAAAGGCAAAUAAGUGGUUCACAGCAUUCUGAAGAUGCAAUGAAAAAACAUGACAAAAUGAUUGUAGUUAUGGCUUCGUCAUAUCUGAUUGCAUGGACGCCAUAUGCUGUUAUAUCUAUUUAUGGUACGAUAACGGGUAAUAAAAUAUCUGCUACUUUAGGCACAGCGUUCGCAAUAACGGCAAAAUCGUCAACGAUGUUUAACCCAAUGAUAUAUGCUUUGCUUUAUAAUGACUUUAGGGGAAAAGUUAAGCGACUGUUUGGUCGGCGAGUUACUCCAGUGAUGUAAAUUAUAAUUGAGGUAAUGGGUCAUUUAAUAAUAUUGAUGAAGGAUUUUUAACAAAUUCUGGAAAAAGUUACGGUAUUGUGGAAAUAGGUUUUGUUUCUCGAGAAGAGGCACAUGUUGUUAUUUUGAUGAGAACGGCUUGAAUUCUAAUACAGUUAAUUUAAUGUAUUUAUCUGAAUGCAUCUGCUGUCCUCUCUGAUAAAAACAUUUUUUUCCCGCG